AUGAUUGGCAGAUUAUGGACUGUGGCGCUGGUGCUGAUGAUCUGGGUCCCGGGGGAAGGUCGCCAAGUUGAAGAGUGUUCUCCUGGGGGGCACCAGAUUCUCCAGAACCCUUAUAGAAACAUCCAUUUUGACACAAUGCACCUCCAGCAGUCAGCUGCCCAAAAGCUGAUAUGUGACCAUUCUCUCUCCCCUGGAUGGUAUCGUUUUCUCAUCUUUGACGAACCUGCUGAGAUGCCAACCAAAUGUGUUGAGGUGAAUCACUGCGGAACUCAGGCGCCCAUCUGGUUGUCUCUGAGUGAUUCUGAAACACUGCCUCCUGCUGGAGAGAUCAAACACCUGACAGCGUGCGUCACAUGGCAGUCUCUGUUAAGUACUAGGAAAGACUGCUGUCUUUUUCAAAUUCCUGUGUCUGUAAGAAACUGUGGACAUUUUUUCGUAUAUUUACUGCAACCCACUCAGGGUUGUAUGGGAUAUUGUGCAGAAGCAAUUUCUGAUCUAAAAUUGCCACAAUGUGGUCUUGGUGAAAUUGAAAUUGGAGGUAACUGUGUUCGUCAGCCCUUUGCCUCAUUGCUACCACCAACCCCAGGAAGGCCUGAGGUAGAGGUGGAAUUGAUUGAGUCCAGGCUUUUCUGUAGGUGUGCCUUUCAUAUUUCCCCUACGAACACCACUGUGGGAUUUCUCAUAGCCUGGUCUAGACUUUCUUCUCAAGAACUCAAAGAGGAGCUGAAACGGGAGACCACAGUUCAGACAUUUUCUCUUUUAGAACUUGAUGGCAUAAAUCUCAGACUUGGGGACAGGGUAUUCUGUAGCGCCUCUUCCUUUUUCUUGGAAAAACCAAAUGUACAAAGUUUAGCCAUCGAAAGCCAAGAAUUCUUUGUGGGCAUUAAGUUGCAGUCUGAACUGAGUACUAUAUCAGAAGAUGGCAAAGAAUACCAAUUGAGACUAGAAAGCACAGUUCCUAUUAUUUGUUCUGAAUUCAGUGUGCUUAAUCAAGAAUGCAAAAUCUCAUUAAAAUUGAAAACUGUUGAUCCAGGUGAAGAACAACUAGGUUUGAAUUUGGCAUUAUCUUCCUGCCUUGUGGACCUUCAUCGGACGGCAUCCUGUGAUAAUGGAACCUGUAGCCAUGCUUUUGUAUACUACACUGCAGUAACAGAUUUUUCUCAAGAUGGAGAUAGAAUUACUAACAUUCUGGUGGAACCUAUAGUCAGUGAGAAUUUCCUAUGGAACAACUAUAUUCCAGAUGGCAUCCAGGUCAGAGUAAAGGAUAUCCCAACUGCUUACUGUUACUCAUUUACUGACCCUCAUAUAAUUACAUUUGAUGGCAGAGAGUAUGAUAAUUUCAAGACGGGGACAUUUGUGCUCUAUAAGAGUUUGUCUCGUGACUUUGAAGUCCAUGUACGUCAGUGGGACUGCGGAAGCCUUCAUGCUCCUGGAUCUUGUAACUGCGGAUUUGUUGCCAAGGAAGGAGGUGAUGUAGUUACUUUUGACAUGUGUCGUGGCCACCUACACGAAUUACGGCCGUACUUAUCUGUAAAGAACCAAGAUAGAACCAGCAAUAUCAGGAUAAGUGAAGCUUAUUUAGGAAGAAAAGUCACAGUUUGGUUUACUUCUGGAGUCUUUAUCCGCGCGGAUCUUAGUGAAUGGGGCAUGAGUUUAACAAUCAGGGCUCCUGGUUCAGAUUACAGAAACACGCUGGGACUUUGCGGCACCUUUGAUGGAAACCCGGAAAAUGAUUUCCAUUAUAAAAAUGGAAUAAAAAUGGAUCAAAAUUUUAAUAAUUUUAUCACUUUUAUUAAUGAAUGGCGAAUUUUGCCCGGACAGAGCAUGUUUGAUAGAGUGCCAGCUUCUCUUACAUCACCUGGGAAAAUACCUUUCUGUAGCUGCUCAGUGAAUUUGGCUUCAUCGCAUCUGUCUUCUCAUUUGCUGGACACCGUUUCUCAAUCAGAAAUUGUUUCAGGUUGCAAAGAUAUCAAAUACACCACAUUAUCGUCUUUAAUACCAGAACUAGAUAUCACUUCUGAAUAUAUUAAGCCAGAAACUCUUUCCAGAAAUAUGAGCAGGCAUGCAUCUGAAGAAGAAAGUGAUUUGAAUUCCUUUCCUCCAGCACAAAAGCAGGCAAACCAAAGCCAACUGGAAUUCAACUUACAAACACAUACUAAGAGUGAAAUACAAGAUGGAACAACUUUGCCCAAUAGGAAGCAUACACAGGACCAAGAAGGGCAUGUCCAAGGAAUGAGGUGGGACUCACAAAAUAGGUUUAAACGACAACAUUUUUACGAGUUUCUUUCUUGGCUUGCUUCUCCCAGUCUUAGUCCUAUUGAACUAAAAGAGGUUAAUUAUUUUUUCCCUGAGGACCAUGCUGAUGAUGCCCAACGAGAGUUUGUCCCUUCCUGGCCCACCCCCUCUGGUGUCACUGAACAUACCGCUAUGGCACUUUGCCAGCAGACUCUAGCCAACUCCAGCAUAGGAAGGCACUGUGGUACUUUUCUCAGCAAGAGAUUAGGCAGUGUUAUAGAUAUGUGUGUAAAGGAUGUACAGUUAAAAGAUGACCUUAGCUGGGCCCAAGCAGGUGUGGCUCUUUUAGAAAAUGAAUGUGAGAAGAGGAUUUUGGAAGAGGGAAAGCACAACACAGAAGACCAUGGGAAGUUGAUUGGAGACAUUCUCUUGGAAUUUAAAUGCCCCGGUCUAUGCAGUGAUAACGGGCAGUGCAUGGAAUGGGGAUGUGCCUGUUUCCCAGGCUUUAGUUCCCAUGACUGCAGUGGUGUCUAUGAUAAAGCUCCUAAAAUCACAGAGCUUGAGAAUGCUGGAUAUUGUGAUGUUCGAAAAUACAAUUGUAUGAUGGUGAGAAUUUUUGGUUUAGGUUUCAAAGAAUCAUCUUCAAUUAAAUGUGAAAUUAUUAAACUUCAGUAUAAUGGCAGUGAGUGGGUUCUUGAAGAACCGAUCUAUACCCGUGCUGUUUUUCAAAAUAUCACAAGUGUUGAUUGUCAGUUGCCCAUUGACGUACAGCAAUCUAAUACCAUAGACCCGAUGGGUGAGAAACCAGUUGUGAAGUGGCAAGUAAAGGUAUCUAAUGAUGGCUAUAGUUUCAGUAAUCCCCAAAUAAUGGUCAUAUAUGAUGGUUCUUGUUAUGUUUGUGGUCUCCAUGAAGAUGACUCAUGUACUAUAAAGGAAAACAUUUGCAUUAUUGAUGGAGUCUGCUAUGUAGAUGGAGAUACAAAUUCUGCAAACCCUUGUUUACUGUGCAGAUCUAAUGCUUCAAAAUUCACUUGGUCAUUUUUAGAAAGCAACCAACCCCCAGUAAUUGAGCUACUACAGGAGAAAUUUCAGACAUUUUAUGGGAAAAACUUUGUGUACCAGCUCAUGGCAUUCGAUCCAGAAGGUUCAGACAUCCAUUUUUCCUUAGAAUCUGGUCCUGAAGGAUCAAGUGUUUCCUCCACAGGACUCCUUAUAUGGAAAACAGAGUUAAAAACACCUCAGCAAUUCUCUGUACUAGUCAAGGAUGACUGCAAUGCUGAAACUAGAGUCUCAAUUGAGGUGACUGUGAAGUCUUGUGAUUGCUUGAAUGGCGGAUCAUGUGUGUCUGACAUUAAUUCUCCUUCAGGAAGUGGCGGGAACUUAUGUGUCUGCUUGCCUGGUUUUCAGGGUGAUCUUUGUGAAGUAGAUAUCAGUGUUUGCAAACCUAACCCAUGUGGCCAAGGCAGAUGUGUUAGUGGUUUGCACGGUUAUUCCUGUGAUUGCCCAUCUGAGCUCAAAGGUUUUCAACCACUAUCAACUGAAAAUUUGCCAGUUUUUACAAGUGAUACUCACAGCCCUGCUAUUAUCAACACAUCCUUGGAUGCAGCCAAUCAUAUCUUGCACUUACUGAAAUCAGUUACAACUCAAAUGAAUAAUUCAAAUAAGUUUACUUCCUACCACAUGUCUGGUUUCAAACAUGUGAAUCAUGUUCUUACUACAAAUUUCAGUCUAAAUGAGGUGGAAAUUUCUUUGAAUAAUCUUAGUUCUGUAAGCAUCAGUCCAAAUAGCUCCUAUGGCAAAGCUAAGGAUGCUGUUCAGAGCACCACACUAACAGAGGCAGGAGAGUAUAAUUCUCAAGUUUACACAUCUUCCCUGAGCUACACGCAGUAUAUAGAUGAGCUUGCACCAUCAGUCAUUAGAGCAUUCAGCAUCUCACCAGAAAAGCCUGGAUCAACUGAGCUACCAACUUGUGCUGAUUCACCUUGUUUUCUUGGUGUUUCCUGUGUGCCAACCAAAGAUGGUCACUUCAAAUGUGGGCGCUGUCCAUUGGGGUAUUAUGGAGAUGGUAUCAAUUGCAAAGCCAUUUGUAAACAGCCAUGUGGAAGAAACAGAGAGUGUGUUGCCCCAAAUAUAUGCAAAUGUAAACCUGGUUACAUUGGUUCUAACUGCCAAACUGCUGUAUGCAACCCUGAAUGUAAAAACAAUGGAAAAUGUAUUAAGCCUAACAUUUGUGAAUGUCCCCUGGGAUAUGAUGGAGCUGCCUGUGAUGAAGAACAUUGUUCCCCUCCUUGUCAACAUGGUGGCACGUGCUUGGCGGUCAAUCUCUGCACUUGUCCUUAUGGUUUUGUAGGACCAAGAUGUGAAACAAUGGUGUGUAACAGGCACUGUGAAAAUGGAGGAGAAUGUCUUACCCCAGACAUUUGCCAGUGCAAGCCUGGCUGGUAUGGACCAACCUGUAGUACAGCUUUGUGUGACCCUGUUUGUCUCAAUGGCGGUUCCUGUAAUAAGCCAAACACUUGCCUCUGCCCGAGUGGAUUCUUUGGUGCACAGUGUCAGAAUGCCAUCUGUCACCCUCCCUGUAAGAAUGGUGGUCACUGCGUAAGAAAGAACCUGUGUGCCUGUCAUGACGGAUACACUGGCAGAAGAUGUCAAAACAGCAUUUGUGAUCCUAUGUGCAUGAAUGGAGGAAGAUGUGUGGGACCAAACGUUUGUUCUUGUCCUUCUGGCUGGAAAGGGAAACGUUGCAACACAUCUGUCUGCUUGCAGACAUGUAAAAAUGGUGGAGAAUGUAUUGCUCCAAGCGUGUGCCAUUGUCCUGCCUCGUGGGAAGGAAUGCAGUGCCAAAUACCAAUUUGCAAUCCAAAGUGUCUUUAUGGAGGCAGAUGUGUGUUUCCCAAUGUGUGCUCUUGCAGAACUGGAUAUUCCGGAGUCAGAUGUGAAAAGAAAAUUCAGGUCUUGGCCAUUCACCAAGAAGAUCUUAUCACCUUCCUGAAGCCGCCCAUCCAGGGCUGCAGCCCCAUUCUCUUUGAUGCGACUGAAGUAGAUGCCACUGUCAUUGGAGAUAUACUGAUCUGUCCCACCGACGAUGUUGAAACCCAGCCCUGA